GUCAACAUUAAAGAUGAAGAAGAAGAGGAGGAGAUUGGUACAUCUGUUUCUCAUGGAGACCAUGUUGAGACAUUCUCUACAUCCAGAGAGCAAGAGCAGGAAGAUCAGAGACCUAAGAGAUCUCACCACUGCCCACAUUGUGAGGAGGUUUUCCCAUUUCUAUCAGGACUAAAAAUACACCUACAAAUACACACCGGAGAUAAUCCGUAUUCCCCCACUGACUAUGGGAAGAGAUUCACAACAUCACAUUCUCUGACAGUUCACCAGAGUGUGCGCUCUGGAGAGAAGCCUUACUCCUGCUCUGACUGUGGGAAGAGUUUCUCUCGACUGAGCCAUUUAAAAAGACACCAAAGUAUACAUAAAGGAGAGAAGCCUUACUCCUGCUCUGACUGUGGGGAGAGUUUUGCUCAACUGGGGACUUUAAAAAAACACCAACGUAUUCACACAGGCGAGAAGCCUUACUUCUGUUCUGACUGUGGGAAGAAUUUCUCCCGAUUGGAUACCUUAAAAACACAUGAACGUAUACAUACAGGAGAGAAGCUUUACUCCUGCUCUCAUUGUGGCAAAUGCUUCACAACAUCAACUGAGCUAAAAGUUCAUCAGAGAACACACACAGGAGAGAAGCCUUACUCCUGCUCUGACUGCGGGGUGAGUUUCUCUCGACUGGGCCACUUAAAAACUCAUGAAAGUAUACACACAGGAGAGAAGCCUUACUACUGCUCUGACUGUGUGAAAUUCUUCACAACAUCAACUGAGCUAAAAGUUCACCAGAGAACACACACAGGAGAGAAGCCCUACUCCUGCUCUGACUGCGGGGCGAGUUUCUCGCAACUGGGCAACUUAAAAACACAUGAACGUAUACAUACAGGAGAGAAGCCUUAUUACUGCUCUGACUGUGGGAAAUGUUUUAAAACAUCAACUGGGCUAAAAGUUCACCAGAGAACACACACAGGCGAGAAGCCCUACACCUGCUCUCACUGUGGUGUGAGUUUCUCUCGAUUGGGACACUUAAAAACGCAUGAACGUAUACAUACAAGAGAGAAGCCUUAAACAUGCUCUUGACUGUGGGGCGAGUUUCUCUCGACUGGGCCACUUAAAAACCCAUAAAAGUAUACACACAGGAGAGAAGCCUUAUUACUAGAGCUGUGGCGGCCAUGAUUGUCAUAUAAAUAUUUACCAGUCUCAUGGUAAUUGACCGGUAAUUAACCUAAACAUGUUUAGCAUGUCUUGGCUUCCAUGCAUAGCCUACGAGCCACUGAUGUGGACCUUUUUUGAAACAUCUACAUUGUAAAAAGUAUAAUAAAUCCAUAUAAUAUAAUGCACCUUCACAAUAAAUCCAUUAUUUAUUUUAUACAGGUCUAAAAUAAACAUGAUAUAAAGAAAAUGUAGCCUAUUUCAGAAGAACAAAAUAGCAUAUUCUGAGUUGUCCUUACAGUAUGUUAGGUCCUGAUCUGGCUUGGCCAUAUGGCUGUGGGCAACACUAGUUCAUUUAGCACACAAUUGAGCAUAGCUGAAAUAAAUAAAAAUAUUCCCCAAAGAAUUUCAGAGGAAGUGUGCACUCUUCUGUGUUAACAGGUCCUCCUAUAUGAUUACUUUAGAUGUGUUUUUGCAACUUUAGUUGGGAUCUAAACGUACGUUUAGAUUUUGAAUACAUUCUAAGGCUGCAUGGUGCAACUCUAAUGAUGAUUUGAAAAAAAGCUGGAUGAAAGGCCUGCUUCUCUUCUCUGUUUCUUUACGCAGGCUGCACACACUUCAUCAGUCUCUCAUUCACAAUUUGACAAGCACUUUAUCAUGUUAUCAACCAUCAGACUGUUCAUCAUUUAAUCUCGUCUUUACAUACAGCCUAUUAAUAUAUAUGUGUAGAAUAAUUUUUCAAUUUAAAAAAACGUCAUCCGUAGCAUGCAGUCGAUUAGGGAAUGAAGGUUACGACGCAUCCAUAAGGUUAGAGGAAGCUAAAAGUUCAUUGAAAUAAAUUCACAAAAUUGUAUAGCCUAAUUAGCCUACUCCUGUAUAUGCAGGAAGAAAGACAAUAUUUCCAAAUAGGCUACUGAAGUAUAGUUUGUCCUCAGAGGAUCAUUUCCUUCUUUAAAAUAUAAAGAAAUUGUAUAUAAAUGGCAUUGUCUACAGUCGGAAGGAAAGGCAGGAAAGUGCUCAAUUUGGGCAGAUUAUUGAUGAGUUGAGACUGUCUGAUAAGUAGAGGCCAAGCCAGACAUUUCACAAUAUUUUCAAAAUACAAUCGUGAGGAAAAUGUACACUACAUGAUCAAAGUAUGUGGACAUGUGCUCAUUGAGCGUCUCAUUCCAAAAUCAUGGACAUUAAUAUGGAGUUGGUCCCCCCCUUUGCUGCUAUAACAGCCUCCACUCUUCUGUGAAGGCUUUUCACUAGAUGUUGAAACUUGCUUCCAUUCAGCCACAAGAGCAUUCGUGAGGUCAGGCAUUGAUGUUAGGUGGUUAAGCCUGGUUCGCAGUCUGCUUUCCAAUUCAUCCCAACGGUGUUCGAUGGGGUUGAGUUCAGGGCUCUGUGACGGUCAGUCAAGUUCUUCCACACCUGAUCUCGACAAACCAUUUCAGUAUGGACCUCGCUUUGUGCACGGGGGA